AUGGUAGAGCAUGAUGGGCUGAUGAGAGUGUUCUGGCCGACGGACAUUCGCAAGUCUGAUCGCCCUGGUGUCGUGGCACGAAACACCGAAUUUCAUCUCAAAGCCGGCACUUUGUUCCGCAGCGAGCUUCACCCUACUAACCAGAUCACCGAUAUGUGUGGCCAUAGCUCAAUGCAUGUCCUUGGCCUCUCGAAUGCCAUCGAUGCAGCCGCCGCAGACCCUUCUUGGUUCUGUGCUACGACCAGCUCAAAUCCAAGGCAACCAAAGAUUACAUGCGCGAAGGCCGUCAGCGUACAACUUAUUCUGUAUGAUCGACCUCAGCCCCAGGGGAUGCAAUACGUUUCGCUGAAUCCGAUUGCACUAGCGCUUGGUCAUGAUGGUUCCUUGUUAGGCGACAUAACAGUGUCGGAAGGGGAGCAAGAGACUCGAGAGCGCCAAAAGAAAGAAGAGAAUCGCAAAUUGGUUGAGAAGCUCAAACAGCACACCAUUUUCAAACGAGUUCCUUCAGCACGCGACAGGGCCCUGCCCAAAAUCAUCAAUCAGAUAAACUGGUCUUGGGAGCUGGAGAAGACGUUGCAGAAAAAUGUGGGACGGCUGGGAACAAGACCACGCCGAAGCCUUAGUGUGUCUGAAAGGGUGGUUGAGACAGCAUCGACUAUGCGAAAUUAUGUCAUCCUUCAGUUGUGGACAUGGUUUACUCUCUACCUUUUCCCUACUAUACGCAAGACCUUUGUCCUUGUUCUCAUGGGCCACCGCGUUGUAGCAGAGAUGCUGCUCUUGCUGCUUGAAUUUCGAGCCAAGCCUGGUUAUGCGGCCCUGAAAGAUAUAUCGGCUACAGCACAACAAGUUGAGAUACGACUACAACAGUUUUGCUAUUGGCCGAUGCAGUAUAUGAAAUUGCGACAACGGAAAAACAACUGGGCUAGUGUCACGACUAGCCAUCCUGAUUAUAUCCGUUUCUACAACAGUUUAUGGCUUGUUGCCAACGAUGUCAUCAUCGGAAUCGCCCUAGGUUCAUAUAUUAUUGAGAAUGCAGACUGGGUUGCUGAGCAAAUCGGGGAUCUACUCCAGACCUACACGGUAGACGCACUUCAAAGCAGCAUAUCAUGGCUCAUGGGCUGGCCGGCUGGCCUCAAACUCAAUGGUGAACUGGCAGCUUUCUUAGGAGACUUAUUCCUUUGGGUCAUUGAUUACUGGUCUAGUUGUAUCGAAACUCUAACACCAGCAUUGCCCCAGAUGGUGUGGUUCAUAGGGUUCUCCUCCUUUGCUGGAGCUAGCAUGCCGAUUGCCAUGUUCUCUGAUAUGCUUUCCACCCUGACCAUUCACAUCUACUCGUUCUACCUUGCAUCAGGACGUAUAUACCAUUGGCAGCUCACCAUUCUCCAGUCACUGUUUCAUCUUUUCCGCGGCAAGAAACACAACGUUCUUCGCAACCGUAUCGAUUCUUGCGACUACGAUUUAGAUCAACUCCUUGUUGGCACCAUCCUCUUUACGCUACUCUUCUUCCUCUUGCCAACAGUCGCUGUCUUCUAUCUCAACUUUGCCAUCGCAAGGAUGGCGAUUAUCUCUUUAAAGGCUGGCUUUGAUACCCUUCUUUCAUGUCUAAACCACUUUCCUUUAUUUGCACUUAUGUUGAGAAUAAAAGAUCCGAGGAGGCUUCCAGGUGGUAUACGAUUUGAGCUCCGAGAUAGCCAUGACUAUAGGCACGACAAAGCAAAUAAUGCUGAUGGACUGCCGCCUACGUCUGUUAUCUACCUCAAGUCGAUUCCUCUGACAUUUCGGAUCAUGUUCAACCAAUACUUCCAGAUGGCAAAUCGCAUCCGAAAGCACUACCUGUCACCAAAAGUUUUCUUCUGCUUGCUGACGGGCAAGUUCGUGCCGCCAAUUAAUCGCAAGAACUUGUAUAGUCUACAAUACAGCAUGUUGCCCGCUCGUCGGGCGACCAUCUGGGAGAUGUGGAGAGCGUUGAACACAGAGACCAGACCAGCAAAGCGGGUGUCGCUGCCUUAUAUCCCACCAUUGUCCAAUGCAGGUAGAAGAACCUCAGCGAAUAAUGGACGGGCUAGAUGA